CAGGCGAUACAAUUCGAUACCGAACUCAGUGGCUUGCACACACGCAUCCCCGUUCUCAUUGAAAGUUAAUAAAUUAACUAAGUAGUUUUUUGAUCGAAACAAAAUUAUACGUUUUUUGAACACCCCGCCGCGCACUUCUUCGGCCGUUUCGCAGUUCUUCUCAUUGUUUUCCUUUUUCAAUUUGCCAAAUAAAUACGCUGUCAAGCGCUAGGGAUGUGCAAAAAAAUAUCGACAGCGGAAAGCAACUCGUCAAGCAACCUUGCUCGUUAUCGCUACAGUACGCAGGGAAAAAAUAAAAUUAGCAACAAAAGCAUAUUUAGCAGUCAAGUUAGAGUGCUAAACGCUGCCGAAAUAGCAUAUUUUGGCUAGACCACGCCUCGCUCGCCCAUUCGCGACCAUCGGAGGAGGAUCGUUAGAUCGGCAAGUUGGUAAAUCGAAUCGGUGUAAAUCGGGAGAAAAAUAGCCCAGGCAGCACAUAUAGGCAGAAACGAAAAAUAAAAAACGAAAAGAAAUCGCCAGGUUUUGAACGUUUGUGCUGAAUAACUACUCGUGGUACUGGCAUUGGUACUCUCCUGGCCUCCUGGCAACAUCGGACAGCGGACAUCGGCAAUUGGCGAUCCACAUCCCACAUUCACAUCCAAUCGACGUUAUGAACAACAAUAGCAAGCGGAAAACCCGACCCACUGGCGGUGGAGGUGCCAGCGGCGGCAUCUCAAGAUACAACUCCAACGACAACAGCCUAAGGCCCGCUAACAACAAGACAGGUGCAGGAGGCGGGAACGGAGGCGGAGCAGUGCGUCCGGUGGCGCAGGGCGUCUACAACAACACGUUUUUCAUGCACUCGGCCACGGCGCUAGUGGGCAGCGUUGUAGAGGUUCGCCUGCGGUCGGGCAACAUCUACGAGGGCGUAUUCCGCACAUUCUCGGGCAACUUUGACAUCGCACUGGAGCUACCGGCGUGCAUUAAGUCCAAGAAUCUGCCGGACGAGGGCAAGGUGCCAAAACACAUUAUAUUCCCGGCCGACACCGUGGUGACCAUCGUGGCCAAGGACUUUGACUCGCAAUACGCCACCGCCGGCGCUUUUCAGACGGAUGGCGCCAUUUCUGACAAAUGCAACGGUGCGCGUCUGGACGAGAAGGAACUGGAACCGUGGGAUUCUGGCGCCAAUGGCGACAUUGACAUAGAAUUAGAUAGUGCCGCCAACGGUUGGGACCCCAAUGAAAUGUUCCGCAAAAACGAGAACACGUUUGGCGUAACGUCUACAUUCGAUGAUUCUCUGGCCUCAUACACAGUACCACUGGACAAGGGUGACUCUCUAGAGUUUAAAGAGGCCGAAGCCAAGGCCGAGAAACUGGCCGCCGAAAUUGAGAACAAUCCGACGUGCCGUGACCGUCUGGAUUUGGAGAAUGGCGACGAAGAGGCACUAUUUGCGGCCGUGGAGCGACCGUCGACGGAGCAAGAACAACGCGGUGAUCGUGGCGACCGCGAACGCAACGAUCGAGAAAGGGAUCGCGAGGACCGCGACAGGGACCGUGACCGCGAUCGCGGUAAUAAGCCCCGAGGCGCUGGUGACUUCCAAUUGCGGGAAACUAUGAGUAGCGACCGCUACAUCACCAAGCAGACGCGCAGCAUCACCGGACCGCAGCUAUCGCAUGUGGGCAUGUCCUCGCAGGGCAGUGGCCGAGAUCGCGAUACUCGCGGAGAUGGCAACCUAAUGAUGCAAGGCGGCAUGGGCGGCGGGGCGGGACAAGGCGGCUCCACGCAGUCCACGGCAGCUCUUAUGCUGGCCGGUGGCCUGAAGGGCGUGGCUCCUGCCCCGUCAGCAAACGCGGCUGCGGACUCGUCCAGCAAGUAUGGCGGCGGUUCGAUGGUGAAGCGCAAGACUGUGCCCCAAGGUGGCAAGGUGAUGCGCAACAAUGUGCCUACCGGCGGUAGCAACGUCUCCGUGUCGCAGGGCGGCAACGGUAACUCUGUGGGUCAGAGCAAGGGCGGUUACCAGCCGUCGAUGGGCAUGCCGAAUCAAUACACCUAUCAGGGUAACUCGCAGAUUAUGCACGGGUCUUCUCAGUACCGCAACCAAUCUCAUAUGGGUGGUGGAAACAAGCUAAAUGGCGAUUCGAACGCCAAUGCCAAUAAGCCGCUGCCCCAGCGACCGAUCCGCCAGUAUCAGGGCUCUCAGAGCAAUUCGUCGCUGAACUACGGAGGUGAGGGCAAGCCCAUGCACGGCUCCCAUGGUGGCCAUCCGGGGCAGAACAGCAACUCGCCGCCGUUGCAGACGGGCGUGCCUCAGCAACAACAGCCGCCGCAGCAACAGCAGCAGCAUCAGAACUUGCAGACACAAGGGCAGAAUACACAACCGGCGCGUCAGGUGCGGUCGCGCGAUAACCAGAUGCAGGAUCUGCGACAGUUUGGCCAGGACUUCCAACUGGCCCCCAGCAACACUUCACCGCCCCAGCAGCAGCAACAGCAACCACAACAGCAGCAGCAGCAGCAGCAGCAAGUACAGCAGCAACAGCAAGUGCAGCAACAGCAACAGCGAGCGUUACAGCAAUCUGCCUCACCGCCGCAACAGCAGCAGCCGCCACAGCAACACGUGGUCUUGCAUCAAGUGCCACCGGCGCAUUUGCACCAGGCGGCUCUAUCACAGCCACACUAUGUGCCUCAGCAGCAGCCUCAACAGGCGCCGCCAUCCCAGCAGCAUGUGCCGCUUCACUUGCAACAGAAGGCCCAACAGCAGCAGCUGGUAGAAACUCAGCACCAGCACGUGCCGAAGCAACAUCAGCAGCAGCCCCAACUUCAGCAGGCGCCGCCACAGUUGAUUCAGGAUCCAUCGCAACAGCCGCUGCCCAUUUACCAUGCAAUGCCACCGCCACAAACGUCGCCGGUGGUGAUUACCUCGCCUGUUCUGAUGGAGCAGCCGCCACCACAACCCAUGCCGGUGGUACAGCAGCAACCUCAGCAGCUGGCCACGCCUAAGCCGGAAGUCUCACCGGCACCGAGCAGCAGCACUACCACUCCCACUGGUAUACCCAGUACGCCCGCAACUGGGGUGAUUAGCAGCGCUGGAUCUGAUAAAUCCACGCCGGCAGCCUCCAGUACGACGGGCAGUUCCACAACGGUGGCUACUGGCACGGUCGCUACUGCUGGUGGUGCCAGCGGUACCACUCCGGUGGUAAAGAAGCCACACGUGCUCAAUCCGUCUGCCAAGCCGUUCACACCCCGCGGGCCCAGCACUCCAAAUCCAUCACGUCCCCAUACCCCGCAGACGCCCGUGCCCAUGACAAACCUUUACACAACCACAGGUGGGCAUGUCCCGGCGCCAGCGACCAACCAGCCGAUUUACGUGGUCCAGCCACAGCACCCAUUCCCGCCUCCAACACACCAGCAGGCCGGUCAGCCACAGCGCUUACGUCGUAGUAACUACCCUCCAAUGGCCGCAUCGCAGAUGCAUGUGUCUGCCUCGGCGGCCACGGGUCAGCCGCUGAUAACCACCGGCCCGAUACCGCAGUUCAUCCAAUACGGCCAUCCUCAACAUCAGCAACAAUUCCCAUCGCAUACAUACGCGCCGAUGCAGAUGCGCGUGUACCCGGAACAGCCACAGCAGCUGCAGUUCAUGACGCAAACGCCUCAAUCGACCACACCGUCACCGGGCCAGCCGCAUCAGCAGUUCCAUCCGCCGCCACAGCCCUCCCCCGCCGGCGGGGGACCACAACAGGCGUAUACGCCACCAACGCAGGCGACCACUUACCAGCUGAUGUGCUUGCACCCCCAGUCGCUCAUAGCCAAUCAUUAUUUCCCGCCGCCGACGCCGCAGCAUCCGCAGCAGAAUCAACAACAGUAUCAGAUCGUGAUGCAGCAGCAUCAGCCGCAGUGAGACAACGCCAGCUGGGCAAUGGCGCACGGGAAGGUGGCGAGCUGGAAGGCGGGGGGAGACGGAGGCUCCUCCUUGUUAAUGUCGCCGUAGUGAGUGGGAGCUGUACGGACAGCCGUCAUCAAGCAACAGUUACACAUAUACAGACAUAAUACACAACAUGAAGCACUCUCACCACAUCCACAUCCGCAACUUCACCUGCAUAUGCAUCCGAAUCCGCAUCAAUCUUGAGUAAACGCGCGGCUUUCGUUGUCGCUCCAAGCGAUUUUCGCCCCACAAUAAAAAAAAAACACAUGCCACACAUCCACCCACAUCCUUAUGCCAUGUGCACGAGCGGCUCAUCCUGUAGCACAUCUCCUCCUACAGACCGAAAACACCAACAACAACAACUAGGAAAUUAUAAAAUACAAUUAAAACAAAAGGAAACUAGUAAAUUUUUUGAAAUUGCAAGACUUCUACAGCGCACGGAAGCCAAACACAACAGCAAAAAAACAAACAAACAAUCACUAAAAAAAAAACACCAAAUGUAUGAGAAAGCAAAUGCAAAACAAGCAAAAAAAAAGAGAAACAAACAAAUUUAGAAAGCUAAAAGCAACUGUCGAAUCAAUUAUAAUACGAGAACAAUGAGCGUUUGUAAGGAGCGUUUCCUGCCCCGCACAAGUCCUGUAAACCGAGGCGUAAAUUCCAAAAAAAUGAAAAACUGAUUGGCUACCAAAUUGAUACAAUCACAUUGUAAACCGAAAAGCAAAUGAAGUAGAAUCAAAAACUUAAAAAGAAGAGUUAAGAUAAGUGAGCGAGAUUUUGUAAAAUUGUUUUAAACAUAAUUCUUUGAUGCACUUCUGCGCUUCUGCUAUCUAUAGUUUUAUCCGCUUUGGCAAUCGACCGGCACAUACACACAUACACGCUCCCCUCCAGAUCAGCCCCAGAAAUCCAAACUUCCAGCCUCGCACAACCAAUAUACACGCCCGCGCCCGCCCCCAAAAAACAGCAAACACAAACCCCUCAAAAGCAAAGCGACAGCGACAGACACUAAAAACCCAA